CUUCCAGGCUGCUGCAGAAAAAGCGCACUACUCCCUCUGCUCUGCCGCGAUUCACCAGCAUCCUGCAGUCAUGGAAGUGGUCAACCAGCUGGUGGCAGGGGGUCAGUUUCGAGUAGUAAAGGAGCCCCUGGGAUUUAUAAAAGUUCUGCAAUGGCUCUUCUCUAUCUUUGCCUUUGCAACAUGUGGAGGUUACUCUGGACAGUUCAGUCUCAGCAUUGAAUGUAAGAACAAAAAUGAGAGCAAGCCGAACAUUAAAGUGGACUUUGAAUAUCCUUUUAGGCUGCACCAGGAAUAUUUUGAUGCCCCAACAUGCCGUGGUGCCACUAGGAAGGUCUUUUUAGUUGGAGAUUACUCUUCCUCCGCUGAGUUCUUUGUCACAAUUGCUGUAUUCUCCUUUUUAUAUUCACUGGCAGCCAUGGCCGUGUACAUGUUCUUGCAGAACAAAUACCGUGAGAAUAACAAAGGACCAAUGAUCGACUGCAUAGCAACAGCCAUUUUCACUUUUCUGUGGCUGGUCAGUUCCAGCGCAUGGGCUAAAGGAUUGGCCGAUAUAAAGCUGGCAACUGACCCAGAGCUGGUGAUUGAGACUCAGAUCCCAGAAUGCAUGAAGUCAGAAAAUGAAAUGAACUGUUCUGAGCUGAGAGAUCCUGUUAUGUCUGGGCUUAAUACCUCCGUGGCCUUUGGAUUUUUAAACUGCAUCCUCUGGCUCGGAAACGUGUGGUUUGUCUUCAAGGAGACAGGAUGGACAGCUCCCUUCAUUAAACCCCCCCCUCCAGCACAAGAGAAACAACCAGCCCCUGAUGCCUACAGCCAAGGAGAUCAGACAUAUGGACAGCAAGAUGCCUCCUACGGACAACAAACCGGGUACCAGCCAGAUUAUUAUGGCCAACAGGCAGACUACAAUCAGCAGGGUUACAGCCAAGGGGGAUACAGCCAACAAGGGGCCCCUACCUCUUUCUCAAAUCAAAUGUGAGCUGAUUUCGUCACUGCCGAUCCACGAGAUCCUGAUACAGGGUGUAACUUUCUGACGUGCAGUGCUGCAGCCCAGCUGCCUGAGUGAAUAUCAAUGGGAGAAUGUCGUGUCCGUGAUGUUUAUAUAAUAUAUAAUAUAAUAUACAUAUAUUUAAUGAUAUCUAUCUAUACCAAAACACAGGAAAAUCCCAUCUCAUUCUACCAGAGACUGUCUUCCUGCAGAGCAUUGCUGUGUAUUUACUUCAUUGUCAGACCCGCAGAGCAUUGCUAUUUUCGCUGUGUAACCCCCCUUUUUCCUCUCGGGAUCCCUACAGAGCAUCACCAUUUUACCCCCUCUUCCCUGCUGGAGAGGGAGCUGCAGAGCAUUAGCUAGGUCACCUCCUCCUUCCCACAUUAGUGAAUGCAGUAUUGUAAUGUGAUUAUUCAGUUACAUGGACGACUAUCUGUGUGUCUGGCAGAUAAAGGAUUUUUAGGGGUUAUCAGGUCCCAUUGAGCAUAGAUUUUCAGCUUUGUUAGUUCUGUAUUUCCUUUAGUGACCAAUUAUGUCUGCACUGCACAAUAAUUUGUAAUCCAUCCUUAUGCAAACAAAAGCAUUGAUGCUGAAUUUAUGUUGUUCUGGAUCAGGACUUUUUUUGGGGGGGGGGGGGUGUCUUAAAGACUCAUUAGCUCUCCUGUUGGUUUGGAAACCUUACUAAUGAGAAAUAUCAAGUGUCUCAUUCUCCCUGCGCUGCUGGGUACCGAAUUUCCCUAAAUGUCAUUGAAGCCAGCUUUUCUUGCCCAUUACCUCUACGCCUAUUGCUCCCAUGCCUGGUACAUCCCUCGUGCUGUGUAUUGUGUUUGUGACGCUGAAGUUGCGUGUUGUAUUCCUGAUUGGAAAUAAAGACAGACUGGAA